GUGUAUUUAAAAGACUACGCAUUUUACCGGUUUGCGCUGACGUUUUGAAAACAUGUUACCAAAGCAUAAAAAAAACCAGUCCAGCAGCAAACGAAAGCGAUAGCGCUGAAUGAAACCAGUUGCCAGUUACCAUUCCUGCUAGCGAUUUCAGUUGGUCGGCCGCCUAGCUGUUGUCUGUGCUCUGACUGCGCCGCAUUCUGGCUGUCAACCUUAUCAAUUGCUGACGUUGGCCUUUUUCGUAGACUUCGAAAAUGGUGCAAUAUACGCAGGAAACCUAUCUCUACGAUCCGAGCGUGUUGCUCAAGCUCGACUUUCAUCGCAGCCCAGCCAAAUUUCAGCCCUUUAUCUCUGCUGCCAGUCCAGGUGAGACGUGGCUGCAGGUGCGUCCGCUGAAGGAUACGGACUAUGAUCGCGGAUUUCUGCAGCUGCUGUCACAGCUUACGCAUGUGGGCAAUGUAACACGCACACAAUUUCUGACACGCUUCUCGCAGAUGAAGGCCAGCGGCGAUUACUAUGUGACAGUCAUUGAGGAUACGCGUAAGGGCGAGAUUAUUGGUGCCGCCUCGCUCAUCAUUGAGCGCAAGUUUAUACACAAUUGCUCAGUGCGCGGACGCCUGGAGGAUGUGGUGGUCAAUGACACCUAUCGCGGCAAGCAGCUGGGCAAGCUCAUUGUGGUCACCGUGUCGCUGCUAGCCGAGCAUCUGGGCUGCUACAAAAUGUCGCUCGACUGCAAGGAUAAACUCAUCAAGUUCUAUGAGACGUUGGGCUAUGUGCUCAUACCCGGCAACUCCAAUUCCAUGACCAUACGCUACGAUGAGGAUACGACGGCAUUGAAACGUAACACCACCUCCACAGCUGUCACUGGCGAUGCCUGCCAAACUAACUCACAAUUUUAUAACUUUUUCUCUCCCUUCUGCUACUGAAUGUGCGGCGGCGCGCCCAUAUUAAAUAUGUAAGGUUGUUGUUAUAAUGCCCUUCAAGAGCACGUUCAUCAAGUAGACGUCAUUUUCUAAAAAUAUAAUUAUCUUAAAAUAUUCAUAUAUUAUACAGUAAUUAAGAAUUAACAAUACCAACAAGAUUUUA